AUGACUGACGAAAAUCUUUUGAAACUUUCACCUAAUCACCCCUUUUUAGCUGUUUGUAUUGCAAGUUUCAGCAUGAGAACUGGUGUUAUUAUCAGAAACUUGUGGAAAUAUGACGAACGCUUUGAAAAUAGGCAGUGGUUAACGGAUUUAUUAAAAUUUAAUCUUCUCAAUGUUCAACAACAACAGCAAUCAUCAUUUGCAGAUUGUCCUGCAAGCUUCUUUCAGUUACUUGAACACAAGAUUUCGUACUUUGCAAGUAUUUUCAUACAUCAAGCCGAUUCAUAUCCAGAAUAUUGGUGUUUUGCCAUUUUCAUAAAUGAAACUAAAGUCAAUCUGAAAACGCUUUACGUUAAUACUGUUACACAACAGACUUGUUAUUGCGGUAAAAUCGUUAGAAAAUUCUGCGAAGAGAAUAACAUAAACGGGGCAAUGCCAGAAGUCGAAAGGAUUCUUAAUAUAAUUUCGCAAUUACUAUCUCCACAUACUUUUUCAAUUCAACCUAUGAAAUUGGAUUAUUUCGACAUCAAUUUCCUAGGCACCCUUAUUGCAUCUCACCUACAGACACAAAUGACAACAAUUAUCGAAUCUAAUAACCAAGAAGAAGCAAAAUUAUUAUUUGAUAUUUUAAUGAAUUUUUGCCUUGACUACCAAAAGAGUUUAUCCGAUAAGUACUACAGAAAUACGAUUCUACCUUUUUUAUACGUACAAAUUACCUGGCAACAAGCUGCAAUUCCUAUGAAUAUGCUUUGGGAAUUCAAACGCCCAUUUACGUGGGUACAGUUGUCACAGAGAAUAGUCAUACAAUCACCUGCAAUCGAAGUUCAACGAACUGCUUUUAUCGAAAAUCAGAAUAUCAAAACUUCGUCGCUUUCUGAAGAAGAAAUAAAGGCAAGGGCUGCUAAAAUUAGUCGUAUUUACAAGCUGAAUGUUAUAAGAAGCUCUGAAUACGGAGUUUCGAUUAUUUCGAAAUUAUUGUCCGUUAACCAGAAGUUUUUAGACUUUUAUACGAAACAAGUAUUUGCAAAGAUUGUUCAGAAGGCAAUUCUUCUUACAGAGCUAUGCGAGACAAUAAUAAAAUCUGAUGACAUUCCGACUCAUGAAGAAAUCCACCAUAUUGACUCUAUAUUGGAUUUGUCUGAUGAAAGUCCGUAUAAAAAAGACGAAAGAGGAAUAAUUAUUUCAAUUGCAGCACUUUUCAACCAUAAUUCUUACAAAAAGCUAUAUCUUGACCGUAAAGAUAAGGCUAUGUAUCUUAUGUCCAACCUUUGA